AUGGAGGAGAACAGGAUGCUCUUCAGUCCGGCAGCACCACUCAAAUCUACCACGACUGGUAUUGGCUCCAUUGUUGACCACGAGAUGAUGGAUAAGAGGCAAUCGGCACAGAACGUACUCAAUUCAUGGGACCAGCUCGCUAUGCAUUCAUUAGCAACCGGAGAGAGCAUCGCACAAGUCCGUCUCCGCAUGAAGAAAGCCAUGAUCGGACUGAAAUAA